AUGAGAGGGAGAGGGGGUGGGAGAGAGGGUGAUGGGAGUGGGAGAGAAGGAGAUGAGAGAGGGAGAGGGGGUGGAGGAGAGGGUGAUGGGGUGGGAGAGAGGGUGAUGGGAGUGGAAGAGAAGGAGAUGAGAGAGGGAGAGGGGGUGGGAGAGAGGGAGAGGGGGUGGAAGAGAGGAGAAGGAGAUGAGAGAGGGAGAGGGGGUGGAAGAGAGGGAGAGGGGGUGGGAGAGAGGGUGAUGGGUGUGGAAGAGAGGGAGAUGAGAGAGGGAGAGGGGGUGGGAGAGAGGGUGAUGGGUGUGGAAGAGAAGGAGAUGAGAGAGGGAGAGGGGGUGGGAGAGAGGGUGAUAGGUGUGGGAGAGAAGGAGAUGAGAGAGGGAGAGGGGGUGGAAGAGAGGGAGAGGGGGUGGGAGAGAGGGUGA